AUGGUUUCACUAUGGGGAUCCAAGAACAAGGACGACGACCGUCCAACGCAGGACGGAGAGGAAGACCACACAGAGGCCACUACUUCACAACCUCAACCCAACAGAAGGUCAGAAGAAGCCACCGAAAGGACAAGGCUGUUGCCUCGUAAUGAUCGGGGCCAAGGCUACCUCAGUCCUGAUGACCCAGCUGUAUCGCCGUACAACCUUUGGAGUGUCCGCGCACUACGCUGGUUCGAAGUGCUUUUCCUGCUCAUCACCUGCCUUUGGUGGGUGCUGCUAUUCAUCUCGAUCUUCGUCAGCCCACCUUACUUCAAUUCGAGAGGCUCGGGCUUCUUCGAUGUCGCCUACACUACCCUCACCAUUGGAAAUAUCCUGACAGCCCUCCUCUUCUUCGCCACGCCUUCGACGGCGAUGAGCGUCUUGAGUAUGGCGACCUCCGUCCUGCUCUUGAUCGACAUGAUUAUCAUCCUAGCUGUCCCACGAAUCCGAGUCGAGGAGGGCUGGAUUGGGAUUGCGUCGGUUAUCUGGGCCGCUUUGAUCGGCCUGUACAACGUGGUGACGAACAAGACCGUGAAAUGGGGCAAAGCCGAGGAAGAAGAGCGCCUGACUGGGCGUCAGGAAACACGCCGUUCGCUCAGGGAGUGGUGCGCCGUGUUUACGGCGACCUUCCUCAUGUCCAUCUAUGUGGUCAUUGUUGUCCUGCUUACAGCAGUACUAGUCUUGCGGUCAAGAGAUGCCACCCUACCCGCUCCUGGCAAGCGAUACUUGGUGGAUAACGACCAGUACGCCGUCCAUUUCGCGUGUGUGGGCAACCAGACAUAUUACCCCAACGGCAAGCCAAAGCCCACUGUCUUGCUCGAAGGCGGCUACAUGCCUGUAGAAGACAGCUUCGAGGGCUGGGUGUACGAUGCCUGGACAAACAAGACCAUAGACCGCUACUGCUACUGGGACCGACCCGGGAUUGCUUGGUCGGACAAUGCGCCGUCGCCACACUCAGCCGGGAUGUCCGCAGAUGCCAUCUCGGAGGCGUUGGCCGUUGCAGGCGAAGAUGGCCCCUGGAUUCUGGUUUCCGCCGGCGUUGGCAGUAUUUACAGCAGAGUCUUUUCGGCCAGACACCCUCGUGAUAUCAGGGGCAUGAUGUUCAUCGAUGGAUUACACGAGGACCUGCUCUACAAGAUCGCCAACCCGGGUCGAGGCUUCAUCCUCUGGGGUCGCGGCAUCAUUUCACCUUUAGGUCUGGAUCGCCUGGCCGGAGCGCUUUUCAAGGGUCGCACUAAGGAGGAUCGCGUCUUUGGCAAGUCAUCCUAUCAGGGCGGCAAGUUCAUCAAGAACAAGUUGCAAGAGAACCUUGUGGCCAACUCGUUGACCAAGAACGAGGUUGUCACCGCUCGAAACAUUCAAGCUCCCAAGGUACCUCUCGUCGUGGUGACUUCUGGCGUCCAUCUGAAAAAAGACAAGGAUUGGGAAAGGAAACAGGAAGAUCUGACCAAGGUGACGGAAAAGCUGGUUGCAUGGGAUAUUGUCAAGGGAGCACCCUCGGAGGAGAUCUGGAGGUCCGCUGAAGGACGAAAGGUUUUGGAAAAGAGACUGGGAGAAUUGUAUCAAGCUUCAUAA